AAGGGAAAAAGACAACUCAAGCUCCAACUCCGAACCAUUCCUAAAGCACUGAUUUUUUUGUUUCCCUUAUAAUAUUAUUCUUUAGCAAGUUUGAUUCUUUUCUUCUUCCUUUUGUUCCAUUUUGGGUUUAGCCACCAUGGAUACCGAGUUUCUUCAAACCCUAGAUCGUCAGAUUCUAUUUGGUGUCUUCGUCGCUUUCGUCGCCGCCGGCGCUGGUGCUGCUUAUUUUAUUUCUUCGUCCAAGAAACGCAGAGUGUGCUUGGAUCCAGAGAAUUUCAAGGAGUUCAAGCUUGUUAAGAAAGAUCAACUUAGUCACAAUGUGGCCAAGUUCAUUUUUGAGCUCCCUACCUCUACCUCUGUCUUGGGUCUUCCCAUUGGACAACACAUCAGUUGCAAGGGCAAGGAUGCUCAAGGAGAAGAUGUUAUUAAGCCAUACACCCCAACAACACUAGAUUCAGACGUUGGACGUUUUGAACUUGUCAUUAAGAUGUACCCACAAGGAAGGAUGUCUCAUCAUUUCAGGGAGAUGCGUGUUGGUGACCAUCUUGCCGUAAAGGGACCUAAGGGUAGGUUUAAGUAUCAACCAGGUCAGUUUAAGGCAUUUGGAAUGCUUGCUGGAGGUUCAGGCAUCACUCCUAUGUUCCAAGUCGCUAGAGCAAUUCUAGAAAACCCAACAGAUAAGACAAAGGUGCACCUCAUUUACGCCAAUGUCACGUACGAAGACAUUCUUUUAAAGGAAGAAUUGGAUUGUCUUACCGCCAAUUACCCUGAUCAAUUCAAAAUCUACUAUGUUUUGAACCAGCCUCCGGAAACAUGGGAUGGUGGUGUUGGAUUUGUAUCAAAGGAAAUGAUUCAGACUCAUUGCCCUGCACCAGCAUCCGAUAUUCAGAUCCUAAGAUGCGGGCCACCGCCAAUGAACAAGGCCAUGGCUGCAAACCUUGAAGCUCUGGGAUACUCUCAGGAAAUGCUAUUCCAGUUCUAAUCUACACCUCUGCGUUUGAUUUACUCCACAACGGAACUUAUUUAUCUGAUCAAUAAUUGUAGGCCAACUAUAAAAGAGUUCGUGUCUUCUUAACUGAGGUGAGGGAGUUGUAUUUUGUUUUGGAAGUUUCGUAAAACACGUGUCCUUUAUAUGAUGUAUUUGUUAUCCCAAUUGAAUUGAAGUUUCAAUAUAUUGGUUUACGAAA